AUGAGGCUCCUCGGCAUUCUUCCCAUAUUAGUAUCAGCGGCAAGUUCGCUCAACUUGGAACCCAACUACACCUCCCCUGCAGGGGUUGAGAUCUUUAAUCCCUCAGUGCUAUUCCCACCCACCGGGCCGUGGAGUCUGAUGUCAAAGGCAGGAAACACUGUCUAUGUCGCCGGCAUGCGCGGCAUUUACCCAUCCAACAAUACCCUUGCUCCGGUGGGUAUUGACCGGAUCCGCCAAGCUUACGGCAACAUGAUCCAACUUGCCGAGCUUGCUGGCACGGAUCGGUUUUCGGCAGUGCGUCUUAUUGUCUACACGACCGACAUGUAUCGCUAUAGGCCUUUAUGCAACCAGGCACAGACAGAGCUUUGGGGAAACGACCCUAAUAGACAUCCUCCUAGAUCGAUCAUUGAGGUGCAGAGGCUAAAUGACGAUGACAUUGUGGAGGUAGAAGGAACGUUCCUGGUCACCUCUGACUAA